CCGCGAAAAUGUAUAUUGAUCCCGUUUCGUCGAGGCCACAGAAUUCUUGCGUGAAUCAUAUGCACAUCACUGCAGUGAUUUCACCAUCAAACACGGAUUCUGCACAGCUGAACCAGUACCAAUCCUCUCGAGGUUCUGUGUGUCCCAAGUGAUCCGCGCUAAACACUGUCACCACAACUCGCGGAUAUCGUGAGGAGGACACUCAGACGCGGCAUGUAACUUAGGUUUUCUCCUACAUCAUAAGAAUCACACACAGCAUGAAUAGGCUCUCCACUCUCGGCCUCGUGCUUCGCACCCUAGAACGAAACACGAGGCAGACGACCUAGAAGCUUCUUAACAGAAGCGUGCAGUGCUUAUUUACUUACUGCCUCGAUUUUGUCUCGAAUCACCCAGAUUCUCUCUAUAGCAUGUCUCUCAAAGGCAAAGAGAAGAUGGCCGCUACGGGGACGGACCGCAUCGAUGGGACGCUGCCAACCAAAGACAGCGCACUCAAGCCGGGGCAGUCCAUGUCUCGCAGGAUGCAGCCGCCAAACGCUGUGCAAAGGACGGCGUCUUUUGCUUUUCUUCCAAAAUCUCCAACAACUUCGCCUUCUAUCUCUGCAAAUCGAACCAACGGCAAUACCGCGCAACCAUCGAUGCCAAAUAAUUCACACAUAUCCCUUGCGAGACAAUCAUUGUCUGGCACUCCUUCCCCACGUGCAUUACACACCCCAAUAAUGCCCAUUCUAAUAACGCCAACACAAGUCACGCGCUCAGGAGAGCUGAAUGGACACACCGUCACCACCCCCAGUACCCGCUCUGUCGCUUCUCGGGAUCCUGCCCAUGAGGAGCUGGAGCUUCUUCAUGACAGCAUCAGUGACGUUCGGGGAAGAUCCAAGGAUCAUGAACUUCGUACGGCCCCGAUCAUAACCCGUGAUGCAUAUGUUGCGGCAGGUUAUCGUGAAGGUGCUACGCAGUACGGUGUCUUAGGCAGUGUCUUGUCGAUCCAUCACAAAAAUGUUCCAUACAAGCCCGUGAAUCCUCAGAUUUAUGUGAACACGAAUGCACCCUUCUCUGCAGUGGUCUGUGGGGUUCAGGGCUCAGGGAAGUCCCACACAGUUUCUCUGCUUCUCGAGAGCAUGUUUAUUCCGAAUAUGCGCUCUACUGGCACCCUACAGAAGCCAUUGUCGGGGCUCGUCCUUCACUUUGGAGAAGGAGGUCCCAGCUCUCGACCUAGUGAAGCUGCAUGGAUCAGCUCGUCCCACAUCCCCGGUUUACAGACGCCGUCUGUUAAAGUCUACGUUUCACGUUCAUCUUUAAACACCAUGAGGGCUGUCUAUGCGCCCCUGGGUGACGGGGUCACUGUUGAACCAUUGUUCUUCAGUCAAGAUGAGCUGGAUGCACAAGCCUUUCUGUCCAUGAUGGCUGUCGGCUCCUCCGAUUCGGCUCCACUCUACAUCCAGGGUAUUUUGUCGAUUCUCCGUGACCUUGGGGAAAACUUCACUUACCCCGAAUUUUUGCGGCAGUUGGAUGUAAAGAAGGAAUCAUUUAACAAUGCGCAGCUCGCAGGUCUUGAGCAGAGGAUGGCGCUGCUUACCUCCUUUUUGAACCCAAAUAUGAAAUCGCAGACCCGUUUCGCAGAGUCGCAGCUAACGAUCAUUGAUUUAUCAGACCCGUUCAUCGACCCAGCGUCGGCAUGUGGACUGUUUGAAAUCAUCACACGUCUGUUUGUCAGAGCGGAUGUGGGGACUGGGAAAGUGCUAGUGGUUGACGAAGCUCACAAGUACCUGGCGCCAACGAAAGGCUCUUCUGGCCUGACCAAGUCUCUCCUGACAUUGACCAGGGAGCAGCGUCACCUAGCGAUGCGCGUUAUCAUCAGUACACAAGAACCUACGGUCGUACCACCUGUCCUGCUCGACCUAUGUACUGUCGCGAUUUUGCACCGGUUCUCCUCCCCAGCGUGGUGGGAUCAUUUGGCGAAGCAUGUAUCAGCUGAUAUAUCAGCAGAAGACGCUUUUGAUCGCGUUGUCAGACUUCAGACCGGAGAAGCCAUUGUGCUUGCACCCUCUGGCCUGGGAGUGUUUCCAGAUGCACCUGACACUGCCAGGAUGGGACAUGUAGCCCCAGUGCCGAAGCUGGGCCUAUUUGGUCGCCGCUACGUGCUCAUGAAGACCAGACGUAGGGUAACGAGGGAUGGCGGAGCGUCAAUACUUGUGGUUGACGGCUGAGUCGUGCAAGAGCCCUUGGACUCGGCGCGAUGUUCCAUAGGUUGUCGAGUUGCCACUUGCAGAUCGUGGUGAAGUCAUCUAGAUGUUGGCGCAUGUUAGUUAUCUUGUUUACGAUCGUUGAAGCCUCCCUCCA